UGGGAAAGGUGGGCAGGCACAGGAGAUGGCCAUCAUCACCCUAGACUGUAAGGGCAGAGGUGUUGGGCUCUCCCCAACCAGCCUUAGCCUGCUUACUGGACUCUGAGGUGCCAGCCUGCCCUCCCCACCCCAGGGAUGACCCUGUCCCACCUUUGCACCCUGAGUUGCCCCUGGCCCCAAGCCUGGCCCAGACCUCUUGCUCCCUCUUGACUGAGUGAGGGCACCCUUCUCAGAGCCUCCAUCUCCCCCCCUGCGGAUGAAGGGUUGCAUUUUUCAAGCCCUUGUGCUGAGUCAGAUAGAUAGUGUCUGGACUGGAAAAGAGGGCAUGGCCACCACAGGCUGUAGUGAGAAAGUGCUCUGUGAUGGAUUAAUGAUGUCUGCCUUGGGCAUGGACUGGAAAGGAUGUGUUGGUAGGCUACAUGCUGGCUUUCCCUGAGACAAGUGCUUUGUAAGGAUUCUUCCAGUUGACCACGGACUUGUAAGGACUUGACCAUGAGGUAGUGAGUGCUCCUUCUCUGGGUUCCAAGCAGGGCCUGAAUGGCCAUAGAUCAGGGGUGCUGGUGAGGGUCUUGCCUCUGCUUUUGUGUGCUGAGAGAGGGGCUAUUUGUGUCCUAUCACCAUGUGGCAUUGCAGGGACCCUGAGGACUGAGGCUAGGAAUACAGUGUCAUGUCCACAAUCUGGCCUUGGGGCCUGGACGAGAUAAAGAGAUGGGGAGUUGAGUUCUCUUCAACCCCCCACCCUAGGUACUCACUUAUGAAAGCCUAUGUGACCCUGGGUAAAUGACUCAAGCUUUCUGAGCUUCAGUUUCCUCACCCAGAAAGUCAAAAGAAGCGAUCACAUGAGCUGUUUGAGCUCUUAGUGCCUGGCAGGUAGUAAGUGCCUGACAAAUACUAAUCACUCUGUUCACACCUCUGAAGGGGUCCUGCCACCUGGGAAGCCUCCCAGGGAGGGGGACAUUGAGCGCCUCCUCAGUGAUCCCUCUAUUGACCCAACUAGUCAGUGCUUUCUUGGCUUCACCCCGGUCUCCUCUCAGAUGCUGCAGAAACCUGAGGCCCAGAGCCUCAGGGGACCUGGCAGAGGGUGGCCCACUCCAUCCGGAGGCACCUCCUGAUGACUCGGCCCCACCGGUAGUCAUGUGUUAGCUGCCUGCCUAAAAGCUCCCAGCCCAGUCCCUGCUGGUACACUGAGCCUUCUGGGUGCCAGAGCCUCUGUGUGUGGGUGCUGUGGCCGGCGGGCAUGCCGGCUCUGGAGACGCUGGGAUCAGGACAGGUUUGCCUCCCCUUGGGGGUCUCUGGGUCCAGCCCACUGGGGGUGCCUCACACCCCACCUGCACUGUUGUAGUCACCUGUCCCGGCUCAGGUGGGAGAUCCCAGUGCCUCCCCUUCCCCUCCUAGCAACAUCUAGGAUCCCCGCCAGUCAACCUGGGCUUCCAACUGCUGUGGUAUUAACUAUUGUUUUGUUAUGUAUCUCAUCCUGGCCCACGAGGUGUUUUGUGACCGGAACAAUUCUCAGCCUCAGUUUUCCCACUUAUAAAAUGGAGAGCAAGCCUCCUAGCUUGCUAAGGCCUCUUCCAGCAAAGCAAAUCUAGCUUCCUGUCUGUCUAAUCUAACCAUAUGCACCCGUUGAGCAGGAGCCAGAUAGGCCUGUACUUCCCUUGUUGAGGAUAUUGUCCCACUUUUCUUCUUUUUUUUUUUUUGGCCAUGCCCUACAACUUUUGGGAUGUUAGUUCCCAGACCAGAGACGGGAUCCAACUCAGGUCCCCUGCAGUGGAAGUGCAGAAUCCUAGCAACUAGACCUCCAGGGACAUCCCCCACAUUUCUUAAACCAAGCCCUUAAAGACCACAGAGCCCUGCACCCUUGCCUUCUGUGUAUGGAGGGUCCCUGGAUAUUUGGUAAGUUUGUGGUGCCAGGGCUCCUACUGUGGGUCCUUUUUUCAGCCGUUCUUUGUGGUGGUGUGUUCACCAAGUGCCUGCGAGGACUUCCUACACCCCUGGCAUCUCAGGCACACAUGUACACACAGAGCUGUCUGCUGUGUCUCUGCUCCUUGGCUUCCGGGGGUCUUUGCCUGGGUGACUUUGCUCCAAGUACCAGUUUCCAGCUCUGAAUAGUGGGGGAGUGGCUGUGAAUGUGGCCUGUGGAUUUUCUCUAUGGUUUUAGGAGAAACAUCAAUAGAAUAGGUCUGGGUGGGGCAUAGGCACCCAGCCCAGGCAGAGAUGCCAGUGGUCACUGUGACACCCGCCACCUGCCUGGGAGCUGGCCAAGUCACAGACUCCAUGUGAGGCUGCCCAGCUGCUGGGAACAGUCGUGCCAGUUUGGGCUCUCCUGGCCUUUGAUUCUUUUGAUUCUGUCCCCAUUACAGGCCUCAAGCUGCUCAGAGCCUUACCCAAAGCAGCCGUGAUCUGCUGGACAUCCCACAAGUCCUCCUGGCCACACAGACCUGCCCCUUGCAAUCCGGUGGCAUGCUGCCGGCUUCUGGUCACCUCCGGUUGGAAGGCCCAGGAAUCUUGGGCUGGGCUGUCUUCCAGGCACAGUCCCUGGGGUACCCCCACCACCAGCUCCUUGCCUGCUGGCCCAGGCAGAAGCAGUGCCCACCAUUAUAGCCUCAGGCCUCAGCUCCUCAGACCCAGGGAGCUGCCCAACCCUGAGCCAGUCUGGGGUCGAGCGGGGUCCCGCUGCCCCCACCUCCUGGAUGACUGCGUCCGGCCGCACAAACCCCUACAGCAUCGUAUCUUCAGAGGAGGACGGGCUGCACCUGGUGACCAUGUCGGGCGCCAACGGCUUCGGCAAUGGCAAGGUGCACACGCGGCGCCGGUGCCGGAAUCGCUUCGUCAAGAAGAACGGCCAGUGCAACAUCGAGUUCGCCAACAUGGAUGAGAAGUCGCAGCGCUACCUGGCGGACAUGUUCACCACGUGCGUGGACAUCCGCUGGCGCUACAUGCUGCUCAUCUUCUCGCUGGCCUUCCUCGCCUCCUGGUUGCUGUUCGGGGUCAUCUUCUGGGUCAUUGCGGUGGCCCACGGGGACCUGGAGCCCGCGGAGGCGCACGGGCGCACGCCGUGCGUGCUGCAGGUGCACGGCUUCAUGGCGGCCUUCCUCUUCUCCAUCGAGACGCAGACCACCAUCGGCUACGGGCUGCGCUGCGUGACUGAGGAGUGCCCGGUGGCCGUGUUCAUGGUGGUGGCGCAGUCUAUCGUGGGCUGCAUCAUCGACUCCUUCAUGAUUGGCGCCAUCAUGGCCAAGAUGGCGCGGCCCAAGAAGCGCGCACAGACGCUGCUCUUCAGCCACAAUGCGGUGGUGGCGCUGCGUGACGGCAAGCUCUGCCUCAUGUGGCGCGUGGGCAACCUACGCAAGAGCCACAUCGUGGAGGCCCACGUGCGGGCCCAGCUCAUCAAGCCCCGGGUCACGGAGGAGGGCGAGUACAUCCCGCUGGACCAGAUCGACAUUGAUGUCGGCUUUGACAAGGGCCUGGACCGCAUCUUCCUGGUGUCUCCCAUCACCAUCCUGCACGAGAUUGACGAGGCCAGCCCUCUGUUCGGCAUCAGCCGGCAGGACCUGGAAACGGAUGACUUCGAGAUCGUGGUCAUCCUGGAGGGCAUGGUGGAGGCCACGGCCAUGACCACGCAGGCCCGCAGCUCCUACCUGGCCAACGAGAUCCUGUGGGGCCACCGCUUUGAGCCUGUCCUCUUUGAGGAGAAGAACCAGUACAAGAUCGACUACUCGCAUUUCCACAAGACAUACGAGGUGCCAUCCACGCCCCGCUGCAGUGCCAAGGACCUGGUGGAGAACAAGUUCCUGCUGCCAAGCACCAACUCCUUCUGUUACGAGAAUGAGCUGGCCUUCCUGAGCCGUGACGAGGAGGACGAGGUGGACGGAGAGCAAGACAGCCUCGGCCCCCAGGCCAGGCGCGACUUUGACAGGCCGCAGGCCGGCACAGCCCUUGACCAGCGGCCUUACAGACGGGAGUCUGAGAUCUGAGCUGCCGUCGGUCAGCCGAGGUGCAGCAUCUGCCCCGCCAAGGAGAGGCCUGAGCCCCUCGAGGUCUCUGGGCCUGAGCGGGAUGAGCUUGGGCCCUGGUUGCAGACUCAGUAGCGUUUUAGAUGUUUUAUGUUUCUUUACAACGCCUGUGAUUGUUGGCAGGAGAGUGGGUGGUUUGUGCUGCCUCCGGGGCUGGGGCAGGCCCAUGGGUGGGGAGGUGGCCUCUGGGCACUGGUCUGCAGGAGCCAGGGCCUUUUGCCUGAGGAGGGAGCUGCAGGCUGUCCAGAGACAGCUGACCAGCCACCCGACCUCUGCGGGCGAAGGCCAGUAGGCAGUAGGGCGCCUCACUGGUUUUUACCUUGGGGAGAAACACCAGUUUUGGCUUUCUCAAUCUUAGUUUGAGUAAGACUGUUUACAAAAAAAAAAAAAUUAACAUGUGA